GUUCUUGCCCGGGAUUCUAAAGCACCAGUGGUCGGAGGGAAGAUGAAUUUGCACGUGACCUGGGUCACGCUCGGCCUUCUGCUCUUGCUAGCGGUGGCCAUCUCUCUGGCGGCGCCCGAGCCAGGGUUCUUCAAGGGCGGUGGAUAUGGAGGCGGAGGAUGUGGGGGAGGAUGUGGUGGUGGGGGAGGAUAUGGAGGAGGUGGAGGAGGAUACGGAGGAGGUGGAGGAGGCUGUGGAGGAAAGAAGGGAGGAUGUGGAGGAGGAGGUGGAGGAUAUGGGGGAGGAGGUGGAGGAGGAUGUGGAGGCAAGAAGGGAGGAUGUGGAGGAGGAGGAGGAGGAUAUGGAGGAGGUGGAGGAGGCAAAAAGGGAGGAUUAGGCAUUAAGUGGAAGAAACUUUGCUUCUGGUGUAAGAAGGGAGGAGGAGGAGGAGGUGGCGGAGGAUACGGAGGAGGAGGACACGGAGGAGGGUGUGGAGGAGGAGGUGGAUGCGGUGGAGGAGGAUAUGGAGGAGGAGGACACGGAGGAUAUGGAGGUGGCGGAGGAGGCUAUGGUGGAGGAAGCAUUUUCGGAGGAGGAGGAGGAUAUGGGGGAGGUGGUGGAGGCUACGGAGGAGGAAGCAUAUUUGGAGGAGGAGGAGGAUACGGAGGCGGAGGUGGAGGAUACGGCGGAGGAGGACAUGGUGGAGGAGGUGGAGGAUACGGCGGAGGAGGACUUGGUGGAGGAUUCGGAGGCGGAGGACAUGGUGGAGGAGGUGGAGGAUACGGCGGAGGAGGAGGGGACCAUGGCGGAGGGGGUGGAGGAUACGGAGGCGGAGGAGGCAGUAGCUAUGGAGGUGGUGGAGGUUAUCAUUAGGAACCUUGAUCGUUGCGUUAUAUACUACAUAUUGUGGAAAAAAUAAACUGAUAUUAUUUAUCUUUCGUCAUUUAUUACCUCAAAAAAGAAUGGGUGAGAUUUGGUUACUGAUAUUUGCAUUAUCACUAACCAAUAAAAAUCAGGAUUUUACACUGAUGUAAUUUAUUUUCCCGUCUUGGAAUAAACUGCUUGUUGAA